AUGCCACCUUCAAGCCCCCCAGAUCCCACAGCGGCGGACGCCCCUGAAGUUGCCCGGCAGACGGACGACAUCAAAGACGUGGAAGAAGAUACAAGAGAGCAACUCCAAGAUAUGGAGGAUGAUGCGCUACUGAAAACCAUUGGAUACAAGCCGGUGGGGAUUGACAUCCUUAUCGGGGAGACCCGAAUUUCUCGACCACCUUUGGCAAGUCACAUGAGCACUGAGUCUAUCUUCCCGGUCGGUACUGAUGUCCGUCCAGCAGCGUUGUAUUUCGUCGGUGGCGUGCGGGUGACUUUCAGCACUGGCAUUGCCGCUGGAGGCAAUCUUGCAUACUGGACGAGCUACAUCACGACCUGCGUCUUCACCUUCAUCACUGCAGCGGUGAUAGCGGAAACAUGCUCUUCGCUCCCAACCGCCGGGUCUAUCUACCUGUGGGCCGCGGAGGCUGGAGGACCCAAGUACGGGAGGCUCUUGGGCUUCAUCGUGGCGUGGUGGUCGACCACGGCCUGGACAACCUUCUGUGCCAGUAACACGCAGGCGGCUGUGAACUAUAUGCUAUCUGAAAUCACCGUCUUCAAGCUUAACUUCCCCUCCGAUGCGAGCAGCGUCAAAUUCAGAGCCGUACAAUGGAUCUGCACAGAGGUCAUGUUGGCACUGGCAGUGCUGGUAAACUUCCUCCCUCCGAGACUUUUCCGAUUCAUAUUCUACCUCUCGAGCGCCUUCGUCCUCCUCGAUUUUGUGCUGAACAUCAUCUGGCUCCCCAUCGGCACGGCUCACACGUAUGGCUUCCGUACGGCCCACGAAGCAUUUCUGACCACUUACAAUGGGACGGGAGCACCGCCGGGGUGGAAUUGGUGUCUGUCCUACCUCGCGACUGCCGGUAUUCUGAUCGGGUUCGAUGCGUCUGGCCAUGUGGCCGAGGAGACCAAGAAUGCUAGCAUUACAGCUGCAAGAGGUAUCUUCUGGAGUACCAUUAUCAGUGGUAUCGGCGGCUUCCUGACCAUAAUCCUGUUCCUCUUCUGCGUACCUGGUCCUGACCUUCUCUUUUCCUUUGGCUCGCCUCAGCCUUUCGUGCCACUGUAUGCAGUCAUCCUCGGGCAGGGCGGACAUGUUUUCAUGAACAACACAGCUAUCGCCAUCGUGGCUGCAUCUCGCCUGGUCUUCGCCGUCGCCCGAGACGGGGUCCUUCCAUGCUCUGGAUGGGUCUCCAAAGUCUCGCCGGAGGGCCAGCCCCGGAACGCAGUCCUCGUCAUCUGGAUGAUCGCCUCCCUCGUCACGUGCACCAUCCUCCCCUCCUCGGUCGCCUUCACCUCCCUCAUCUCGGCGGCCGGCGUGCCGUCAGCCGCUGCCUACGGCCUGAUCUGCUUUGGGAGGUUCUUCAUCACACCCGAGCACUUCCCCCGACCGCGCUGGAGUCUGGGAAGACUGAGCCGGCCCUUCCAAUUCGUGGGCAUCUUCUGGAACGGCUGGGUCGUCGCGGUCCUGUUCUCGCCCUACGAAUUUCCCGUGACCGGAGCUACCCUCAACUAUGCCCCUGUGAUCAUGAGCGCCGUCACGAUCUUCGCCCUCCUCUCGUGGUGGUUCACGCCAGCCGACGCUUGGCUCUCGAAGCAGCAUAUCACCGAGGUCCUCGACAGAGGCAGACCGGGUGAGGAUUCUGGAGAUGCCAGCGGGGCAGAAGGCGGGGUUUAG